UCCUUGCCUUUUGUAGAAGACAUAGUUGAAGACUCAAUAUUUGAAGGAGGCACUAAGUCUGAGCCCACGUCCCCCACCAGUUGUAGUUCUCAGUCACCAUGGCGACCUAUCGAGGACAGCGACAUCAGUGUCACGUUCCCGGAUCUCAAGCCUGUCUAUCAGAAAACUCAGUCACGUGCAAACCGGCAGUCGAGGCAGAGAGUAGAGAACGGUAAAAUCAAGAUUCGAGUGUACACCGCAGGUCCGCAAGUCCAGUCCAUUGAAGUAUACGUGGAAAGGACCCCUGAUGCUGCUGUCCUGGUUGGGGACAGGUGUGGAAGGGUCAGCCUCAAGUCUCAACCAGGAAAGUAUCUACCGCAUCAGGUAAUGGACAUAUUGUAAUACCUUAAUCAAUGUUACACGGGACAUACCCACAACUACGAUUUUCAGCGCAACACUGCCACUCAACAGUGUUUCAAAUUGUUCCAACAUAUUGUUCCAACAUUGUUUCCCUAAAAAUCGUGGUUGCAAGUUGGUAAAGGCGCUGUUACACGGAAUAAUUCAUAGCGUACAUUUCAGCGUAACACAGCCUGACACAGCGUUGCAAUAUUGUUUUGACAUCUCCUCUAGUAGUCACAACAUUGUUCCAACGGCUAAAAAUCUUUGCAAAUCGUCUCGUGUAACAUUGCCUUCAAUUCUCUUAGUAGCAGUGGCGAUUGACAUUAGUUUUAAAUGAACAGUGGUUUCAAAUCAGUUUUUGUUAGGAAAAUAGAGAAAAGCUAAAAACAGAAUAAUUUAUUAUUAUUCAGAUUCGAUUUCUUACAAAAUCUUGUUCGCUGACUUGAAGCACGUAACAGCACUAAAGGAAGAAGGGCUAGCAAUUAGCCACGAGCGGAAGAUGAUAGUAAAAUACAGCAAUGGGCGUUCACCUAACCUUAGAUAAAAUAAAAUGCCAGCAUGAUUGAUUAGGUUUUCUCAGUGUGGUUUAGUCAUUAACUUAGAUUUUGUCAUAUGCUGUUAUUUUAUGUCUCUAUUGCUGAAGCUUCCGACCUUCUCGGGAGUAAAACGUGAUGAAGCGAGUAUUUUAUGUUUUGAUAUUUUAGCUACAACAGCGACAGUGGCUUCUGAGAUGAGUGCUGUCAACUCUCUCGUAAAAAUAAUACCCUCCCCCACCCCCCCGCACAUGCUUCUUGCCCUCUUUAAUUUUCAGGUGUGUUUAGUAUAAUGAACAAGGCGUGCCGGGGUUUUCUCUCGUCACACUCCAUCUUCUAUGCUUUGGUCAUCUUCUUUGGGCUCUUAUCAAUUCUGUUGUUACUUCAUCAAAUUGUUUACACUCUCAUGGAUUUUAGUUUGUCUGCGUCAUCGCCAAUGCUACGCUCAAUUAACCUUGUUCCCAGGGCCCAAUCAGAAACAGGUAGGAGAAGACUCUGGGAACGAGGCUAAGGCUCAGUUACCAGCAGCUGUUCGGGAACUGAGACCACGCCAGAACGAGCCCAGACCCGAGGGAGCAGCGGACAGACCCGAGGGCGCGGUCGGAAAUUGAACUUACUCCACGAGUGCGCUAUCCUGGGCUUCCUGGGGAGCAAUAUAAUACAACUUCAAGUCAGACUUGAAGAAAAUUGAAUGACUAAACGUUCAUCAAUACACGCUUAAUCGGCAUGACUUGAAAACUAACUUUUAGCCAUCCGAGCCUCCCUGUCAGCACUGUGAUUAGAUUCUUGUGCAACGCGUAUGCGCCUGGGUAAGUGUGAGGUCUCAUAUCCAGUCAACACUUAACUAGUGGACGGGACGGGCGAUCGAACGUAAGAUCACGUGACAGCUGUCAAAUAACGUAAAUACGGCUCAAGCGUAGGAGUAAGAAGCAGAUCAGAAAAAGGAAUACUGGUCAAUCGAUAUCCUACCAAGAAAGAAAUCAACACAACUUCGUCCCCAGGGUAUCUCGUCAUUUUGGAAGAAGGGAGACCCUGGAAAUAAGAUUAAAAUCUGAGACUCGUGAGCGCGCACGUUCUUCUUCAACCUCGUCCCUAGGGCUCUCUCUCGUGCCUCGAGGCAAGAGAGAAGGAGAGAGAACCCUGCACAACUACUUUUGUUUGUUUGUAUUGCUUCUCAUUCGCAGCGUGGUUUACUGUUGAACACUUGCUUUUCUCACUCAGUUUUUGUUAGCCUUAUACGCUUUUUCUUUGUCGAAGCAGAAUAUUUCCUUUCGUAAACGGUUGACGGCCCAUCAUAAUUAGUGAACCAAGCCUAGAAGAGAUGUAAUAUCAAUGAUCUGAAUUACAGUAACGAGAAAAUUUGAAAAUCAAAUAGCAAACUUCAAGUUGAAGUUUCGACUCAGGUUAAUUGUCUUUAUGCAAACAGGAAAAAAUGGAUCACCUCAUUUCAGAGCUCAUUCAAGUUAUCAGUUAUGAAAGACAUUUGUUUGAUCCAUCGCGCGGUCCCGCUCCGGAGAUUUCUUUUAUCGUUGUGAAGAGUUUUAGUAGCAGCUUAAAAAGUUUCCAUAUACUCUAAAGACGGCAAAAAGAGGGAAAUUUUCUUCUUCCAAUCUUGGGUUCCUUAGCCUGAGAAAACGGCAGACAUUUGGCGACGCCAUCACUGGUUUCCCCGCGAAAUGACAUCUGAGAAAGGAGCGCAGAAAUUCCAUACUGAUGACGUGUCACUAUGCCCAGAUCUUGGUAGUGCUUCAGAUUGCCUGAAAAUUGGCUUCCACAAAUCAGAAACACUACCCAGAUCUUUGUAAAGUGCCGCGUCAUCGUCAGUAAGGAAUUUUUCUACGCUCGUUUCUCAGACUUCGCGGGGAAACUAGUGGUGGAGUCACGAAAUGUCUGCUGUUUCUCAGGCCGAAUCUUCCUCCGUUUAACUUUCACUUAAAUUUUCCUUGCAGCACUUUUUCACAGUGGAUCUAGACUCCAUCUACGAGUCACCCACAAAGCAUGGUGUACCAGUAUACAAACUGUCCACAGUGGACUCCCAGAGACGAAACAAGUUCCGCCUGGUUGUUAUCGUCAUUCUGAUUGAUGAUACUCGCAGCAAGGAGUUUAUCAGCCCGUCAUUUCGUUUGCGGAGCAAGCCAGGAGGAAGGUUUAGAAGCCUGUCACUUUAAAUUUACUUACAGAAGCUAAUUCACGAUUCGUGCAUCUUUGAGUUAAUUAGAAAAUUGAGCCGAAACUUUCCAUGAUUGUCCUUUUUAGUCUAUGCUAAUGUACUUAAUUAGUUGUAGCAUUUUUUUUUUCGCCAGUCAGUCCAUAUAUUUACUCUACAACAGCCACGAGUCUCCAUAACCCGGUCAAUUAUACACACCUUCCUUCUAAAAUAACCUCUUCGUAAGAGACCCUAAGCGAAGAUGUAAAAACAAUGUAUGCUAACUAUGCCUUA